GUGAGAGCUCUCAUCAAUAUUAUAUAAUAUUUCGGAUGCCUUCUCUGAGCAAUCUGCCAAAUAUCUACAUGGUUGAAAAUGAGCAUGGCGACUUUGGAUCUCCCCCCAGCGAAAGUUAUUCUGCUCGCCGUUCAAGCGGCCAUCAGAGCAGAUAUCAGGACACUUCACGCCUUACUAGCUACCCACCCAAAGACGCUACAUGACUUGAUUUUACGAAUCCUCCUCACCUAUCUCCCCGAGAGUCUUGACAGCUCAGAAUAUGUCCAGCUCCUUAUCGAAUACGAUUCCGGCCAUGUAUCGGGAAACGAAACUAUCAUCGAUACAACGCCCCUCGAGGGCCUCAGCAAUGCAGCUGCCAGCAAGAAGGUCCGGAAGCUUAGACUCCUGUCUUUGCGAAUGGACCAGACUCACGACGAUGCGCCCGAAGACCCGUUAAUUCUAUUCCUUCUGCACCGAGCUUAUAGGAUUGAUCAGCAAACUGGACUGAUUGCUCAGUUGCCACAACUCCUGGCUCCAUUUCUUGAGCGGUCCGAUUACCUCAGGGACUGGGUGCUUGCAACUGUCCUCCCGCUCUUACGGCGCAACUACGAAUACCACCCCGCAGAAACCGAGACACAGUCAAUAGAAUGGUUCGAAAGUUUAGGCACAGUCGAGGCCGUGGACUUUCUAUUCUCGAAAACCAUGCGUACCGACAAUGGGAACGAGCCGAAGGACAGCACAUUAGCUCGUGAUCUUCGCUGCCUGGCUGGACCGUGGCUUUAUGGCAAUAACCAGUGGAAGCGUCGGAAGGUGUCGUUAUCGGCAAUGGGGGCGCAAACGGUUGUGCCCUUGAAAGGCGCCGUGCCUUCGCAAGGCUCACAAUAUCAUGAUUGGGAUGCGGUAUUUGCUUGGAUCAUAAACCAGAAUCCUGCUUCGUAUAUCGCAGUUUCAGAUGCCAUCGAGCAAUGGGGAGGAGCGGCUGAUGUAGAUCUUGGUAGCUAUGGGGAUCCGGACGUCAUGCUUUCCCAGGAAGACCGCCGUCAAAUUAACGAACGCUAUGGAAGCUGUGCCCUCACUGCUUCGUUUCGUAUGCCUGGAGACUCCACGCCGGCAUUGUCAGAGGCUCACCGCAUUUUACGUAACGUCGUCACUCGUUUGAAGCUGCCGUCGAUAAGUUCACUGGAAACAGCCGCUGGUCGGCUAACCCCUGUUCCAGACCUCUCAGAUGAUGGGAAGCCAGUAAGGGAGCAUAUCGAAGAGCUGCUCUCCUUCCUAAAGAAUGAUGAGCAGGAGUUCUCGGCUCCGACGCAGGCAGCCGUUGACCUGCUUCAAGCCCUUAUCACAAGCUCGUACUUGCUCCUCAAAGCUGGGGCUCACACGUCUAUUGAGAAGACUGGAUCUAUGCUUCACAAUCAACCCGAGUCAUACCAGCAUAUAGUCUUAAAAGAAUAUCUGAAUAAACUAGGAGGAUCCGCAGGCGCCGAUGACAAGCUCUGGGUGAAUGCAAGGAAAGAGGUAUUGUGGCUGCAUGAUUGGGGCAAACCCCCAUCUUCGGAAGGUGCAACUACCCAAAGAGGCCGUGGUGUUUUGGGUCAAAUACGCCGAGGUGCGGUGGAAAGAGAGAUACUGACUACUCUUUUGACUCAUGGUCGCUAUGCUACUGCACGAUCUCUGUAUGAAAAGUCUCCAGAAUCUCCCCUUUCCAAGGAAGAAUUAUCCUCAACAGUUCUUGCAUCAGCAAUGCACGCCUUCAACAACGCCAACAACCCAAACAAGACCCGCGGCGGCGUCAAGAAAUGUCUUGAUAUAUUAAAUGCAUUCCCAGAUACCUUCCGCUCCUCCCUCCCCCGCGAACGCAUCAUCCACCUCUCCGACGCCGCCAACCACUUCGCAAACUACCGCCUCGUUCUCAACUCAGGCGAACCCUACCGACCCUCCGUCAUCCACACCCACGGCGACCCCAUCGCCCUCGUCGAAAAGGUCCUCGCCCAAAACACCCGCACCUACACCGACAUCGACAACUUCCUCUCCUUCGGCGAGAAGAUCGUCCUCGCCGGCCUCACAGUCCGCGAUCUCGAAGGCCGCUCCAAGAUGUCCCCAGAGCAGAUCGACGAACAGAUGGCUAUCUCUAGGUGGCGCAUAACAAGCAUGUGCAUCGACGCCGCGCUCUCCGAGAACGACUUCGAGACUGCCUACUCCUACGUCGUCAAUCGCCUCCCCUCCAUCGGCGGAGACGCCUACGCCAAGCCCCCCCCACCGUCCUCCCCCGCCCCCCUCCCCAAAGCCAGCGCAGUUGCCCACCCCCCCUUAAAAGUCCUCGACAACUGGUCCUGGAAAGCGGCAUUCCAAACCGGUAAAUACCGACUCAACGCCUACACCCUCAAGCCCAGCCACGUCGGCAACUCCAGCGCCAACCCCGAAAUCCGGCAUCUAGAGCAACGCAUGGAAUGUCUCUCCCAAGCCCUGCUCAUCGCUCCUCCCCCCGCCUUACAGGAAAUCCUUAACGUCUUCCGACGAUGCGAGGAGGAGCUAGAUGCCAAGAUUAGACAGGACGCGGAGCAAGAAGACGCUUGGGAUGAUCAGGGCGAUGAUAAGUCGAUGCCUGGCCGCUUUGGUGUCGAGCCUCCACCAGUCACGCUCUCGAGGGCGAGCGCGCCAAUGAGUAGUGCCAAGUCCCGCACGGGGGCGGAGGCGCCGAUGUCCCUCCUUGAUCUUACCCGCGCGAGUGCCGCGCAGGCGCAGCGCUCAAUUGCGGCGUUGACGAGUGUAAAGGGUGGCGGUGGUGGGGGUGCUGGUGGUGGGGUGAGGGAGAAGGGGGGGUGGACUGGGGGCGGGAAUGCGAGUAUGGAGGAGGCGGAGGAUGGGGUUAAGCAGUCUACGGUGCGGAAGAGGGAUCAGCUUAGGAGCGCGGCGAUGAGUACGAUGAUUGGGGGAAUUGGGUGGGUUAUUGGGGCGCAGACGCCUGUGGAUAAGGAUGAUGAAGAUGAGGGGAGGGGAGGAUGAGAUGGAUGUAGAUAUGAAUUGGGGGAGGGAGGUAGAUGUGAUUGCUGGUAGAUUAGCGGGCGUUGGGGACAAUUCUUAAUGAAUGGAAUGGGCAAGUGUUAUGAGGCUUUGG